AUGGAAGCCACCCGCGCAUGCCCUUGCUGGGCACAACUCAUCGUCGCAGGGCUGAUCUUCACUGUCGCCUUCGUCCUAAUCUUUGUCUUUGUAAUACCCGGCGACAUCUUCUACUCCAUCGCCAUCGACUCCGCCUCCGGCCUCGACCCGCCGUCGCCCACCGACUUCUCGCUGGCCCGCCCCGAGUUCAACCUCACCUUCCGCGUCACCACCGACGGCCUCAGGCGCACCGUGUGCGUCGACGCUGGCAUCUACGUGGAGGUGUCCUACCGUUGCGUCCCGCUCGCCGCCAGCCCCGCCACGCCGCACCGGAUCUGCGUCGCGCCGAGGAAGGUGAGGGAUGAGCCUAUGUUCGCGACGGGAGCCUGCAUCCGCCUGCCAGGGUACAUGAUGGACAGCCUCGCGGCCGACAUACGGAGCGGGGUGGAGGCGUUCGGCGUCACGCUCAAACAGUCCUCCGGUGGUGAUCAAGCCGGCGAGGGCGACAAUGUGGCAAAGUGUGGAGCUAGGCGGGUCGGGGAUGUCCCCGCCAGGUGCGAUACGUUGUACACGUGCCCCGAUGGGGACCCGUCAAGGAGUGCUCCAGAUGCUGCUGCUUCCCCAAGGAGUACUCCUGAUACUGCUGCUUCCCCAGGGAGUACUCCUGACUCUGCUGCCAUUGCGAAUGCGUCUCAACCAUAG